CACUCGCCACUGUCUACUGAGGUUCAUUGUUUUUCCUCACUCACACCAGCGAAGUUCUCUCCGAUCAAAAGGAAAAUGUGCUAGCUGAAUGAAGGAUGAUGAUUCCUGAUUGCCAUAAGCGCUUAGAGGCAUCAUUGGCUGACCUUAAAGGAACCUUGGUAUUUGACAUUACCUUAAGUGUUAUGCUUGCAUAUGUUUUACAUUCCUAAUAACUUUAGUGCACUUUCUGAGUUGGGUGGUAAUGAAGAGCCUUAGUCUUGUCAUAGUUUUUAGGUAACAAAUUAGGUGAUCAGAAUUGAUUGCUUCAGAUGUCAAUUGUCAAAAUUUGAGGGCGUACUGAAAUUGAUCAAUUGAUUUUUUCAUGUUGAUUUCAUUGGUGAAAUAUGUCCAGUAAUUUGAUGUUGUUGGGGUCUGUCCCAACUCUUUCAUUAUGCUGAGAUAUUUUUGACAUGGAAUCCAACUUCCUUUAGGUUGUGAGAGAUUCAUGAGUGAGUUUUAUUUUUAUUCCUCAUCUACAUUUUGGAAGGUAUUGAGAUCUUAGCAGUAGGUGCCUUACAUUAUCAAAACAGAGGGCUAUCAUAGAAAAUGCUGAGAGAAAAAUAUUUAUGUAACAAAAUGGAUGACGAACAUGAUUUGAGAAGAUAGUUCAUGAUAUCUUUAGAUUCAAGAUGAAUGUGUUAGCGCUUGUGUCAUUGCAUCA